AUGCGCUACUCACCGUUUGAGGAUGACAGCGGUCAAAUGCACGAACCCGUUGAUGACAGCCAAGAGUACCUCCCAGAUAUUGCGCCUUCGGACAACGAAGAAGAUGACGGACCAAUCCCGUCUCUUCUGUCUUCAAGGCCAAGGAUGAUGGAACCCAGCGUAUCGAUCCCUCGCCGUCGGGGCCAAAGCGUAGAAGUUCGAAUACCUGCGAGCAUGCCAAAGAAUCCACGAGGCGUAGCUCAAUCAUCAUCCUCUUCAAAAGCUCAAGGAAAGCAGCGUGUUCCUGAACAACCAAAGCCGAAAUCCAACCGCACAGAAUCCACCUCCAAUUCGGAAUUACCUACACAGGAAGAGAUUCCAGACGAAGUAGAAUCUGCGACUCAUAACACGCACGACAUUCGAUAUACGAUUAAUCCUCAUGAGACCAGCCGUGGCACAGAUUAUCACAUUAGUUUCUCAGCCAGAGAUCUGCCCACAGAGAUCCGCAAAGUACCCUUCGAGCAAAUCACCAAGCAUAUGAGGAUUUGGAAUAGAUGGGUCAAGGCCGACGCUGCUGAUCGGCAGAGGGACUACAAGAACAAGUUCAGCCGUUUUCUGAAAGCCAAGCUAAAGUGA